ACAUGUGAUGGCUCAACAUACGGAAGUUUGGAAGUUAACGAAAGAAGUCAUUCCGUCGUGUCUGUUUGCUUUUCGUUUUUCGUUUUGUUGUUUCUUGUGCCCCGAAACGUAUGGCAGAGCACGGGAAGUUUUCCGUCGUGCAUUUUAAGACAGGGAACACUUUAGAAGUUGUGCCCUCGUGCUGGGUCACGGCAGACAACAAGUCGUGUUGGUGGCCGCCAUAUUCAAAAUCCCGGGUACUUCGUUCAAUCAAGGCUUGCGAGCCAGUGGUGCAGACAACGUGGGAAGUUUUCUCAAACAUCCGGCGGCUCUUCCAUGGAACCUAUGAGCAGGCUACCAGAGAAUGCGAAAACCUCAGAUAUAUAACAGACUUGUCACAGUCGAGUGACUGUGGUGAUUCGCCAGCUGCACCAAUAAGGGCUGCGUCUGAUUCCGAGGAUGAGUGGAGAGAUGAAGAACCAAACAGCAACAGUCUCGGGGCCAGUCCUGGCGAAGCUCAAAGGCAUGCCAGCUCGCGACGUGGGUCACUAGCCUCAGCCCACUUCAUGUCUGGCAGCGUGCAGUCGGACAUAGCAGAUAAACUGCUGAGGGUAAAUGCUCGUUUUCACAAGAAGGUGCUUGGGCACCUCGAGCGUCAGAUGGAAGAGAUCAGGAACAACAGAGAGGAAAUCCGCCAUUUGAAAAUCAUGCUGCAGCAGAAAGAACAUAGCAGUGCUGUAGUGAUCGGUAACAUUGAGGGCAUGCCGCAGCUGCCAUUGCAAACCAUGGAUGAAUUUGACAACAUGGAGUCAUUCAUCACAGAAGACAACAACUUCAGUGCUGUGGUGCAGUCUCUGCGAAGUGUUGGCGGCCACACCCCGAAAGACCUUACAAGGAGAAUCAUUAGACAGCUGUUCUCCAAGGAGGUUGCUUCAGUCCUUGUGUACACAGCCCGACAGCCAAAUAAGCGGGAAUUUCAAGUAACGAAGAUAUGCCAGGCAGUGUUUAUGGCUGUGAGGACCACGUACACCAAUGCAACAAACCUGGAAAUCAGGGAAGAGAUAGCGAAACAGUUCAGGCAGGCCCCUGGCGACCUACGUAAGCGUAAAAGGCCUGAACCUCCAGUAGGCCUGAACCUCCAGUAGGCCUGAACCUCCAGUAGGCCUGAACCUCCCGUAGGCCUGAACCUCCCGUAGGCCUUUCUGAAACACCACUAGGCCUGAAACUCCCGUAGGCCUUUCUGAAACACCACUGGGCCUGAAACUCCCGUAGGCCUUUCUGAAACACCA